GGCAGCGGGUUAUUUAAAGUGACGCUCAGAAGACGGUUGGAGAUUGUGAAUUGUUGGCAGUGUUGUUUUUUUUUUAAAACAGUUAAUACAAACUUGGUACGUUUAUUGUUAUAACAAAGAACGAUCGGAGAUUUCAAGCUAAAGAAUGUCUCAGUUUGUGUUCGAGAAUGACCUCAACAACAUACUUAAACUAGACACGCCACUUGUGAAUGCACCAUUGGCUCGUUGGCAACGGAAGAUUAAAGAGAGCGGGGGAGCUGGAGGGCCUCUCAAUGUAUCAAAUACCAGUGGGCUUUCUCCAGCAAAAAAUGCAAACCGGUCCCAUAGUUCAAGCAAGACUCCUUCAAAAACACCAGGUAAAUCUGGUAAAGUCCAAGGUACUCCCUCAAAGGCAGGAGGAGAUCGCUAUAUCCCUACCAGAAGUGCCAUGCAGAUGGACGUUGCCAGUUUUUUAAUUAGCAAAGAGAAUGAACCAUAUGAAGAGAGUCCUACCACAAAGGAACAUCAUAAAGUGUGGUCCGUGAAUCUGAAUGGAUACGAUAUUGAAGAUGCCAAAGUUCUGCGACUGAGUGGGAAAUCCCAAAAUGCACCAGAAGGGUAUCAAAAUAAUUUGAAAGUAUUAUAUAGUCAGAAGACUACUCCAGCAUCGUGCAGAAAAAACACAAGGUACAUCUCUUCGAUGCCUGACCGAAUUCUUGAUGCACCAGAUAUACGAAAUGAUUACUAUUUAAACUUGAUAGACUGGAGCAGUUCAAACUUCUUAGCUGUUGCACUGGGACCAUCUGUGUACCUUUGGAAUCACAACAAUGGGGACAUUAUUUUACUCCUACAGAUGGAGCAGGCAGAGGAUUAUGUUUCUUCAGUUUCUUGGAUUAAGGAAGGCAGCUUCUUAGCAGUAGGAACCAGCAAUGCGACUGUACAGAUAUGGGAUGUAACACAGCAGAAGCGGCUAAGAGUUAUGUCUAGCCAUUCAUCUCGAGUUGGGGUUCUGAGCUGGAAUAACUAUAUUCUUUCAAGUGGAUCUAGGACUGGUCAUAUUCAUCAUCAUGAUGUGAGAGUAGCAGAACACCAUACUGCAACACUUGUUGGUCAUACACAGGAAGUAUGUGGCUUGAAAUGGUCUCCAGAUGGUCGAUAUCUAGCAAGUGGUGGUAAUGACAAUCUUGUUAAUAUCUGGCCUGCUGCAUCAGGAGACAAUGGGGAAUUCCAACCUGUACAUACCUUCACGCAACACCAAGGUGCUGUAAAGGCAGUGGCUUGGUGCCCAUGGCAAGCAAAUGUCCUUGCAACUGGUGGUGGGACCAGUGACAGACAUAUCAGAAUCUGGAACGUUUCUUCUGGCUCCUGUUUAAAUUCAGUAGAUACACAGUCCCAGGUAUGUGCCAUCUUGUGGUCAGCACAUUACAAGGAGCUGGUGUCUGGACAUGGCUUUGCUCAAAAUCAGCUAGUAAUCUGGAAAUAUCCUACUAUGUCAAAAGUCAUAGAAUUGAAAGGUCACUCGGCCAGAGUUCUGAAUCUUGCAAUGUCUCCUGAUGGCUCCACUGUAGUAUCGGCAGCUGCAGACGAAACACUGCGACUGUGGAAGUGCUUUGAUAUUGACAUAAUCAAGAAAAAGGAAAAAGAGAAAGCUGCUAAAGCUGUCAGCAGUCUUACCCUGCAAAGCAUACGAUAAGGUGCCAAGAAGAUGUGUAAAUGUCCUGUAGGAGUGCCAGAAUUAUGGAGACGAGUGAAUGACUAAUGUAGUAAAGUUUGUAAUUUAAGAAAAGAAUGUAUAAUACUAUAAGCUGCUCAAAUUGUUGCAGAGUUUUAACUUUUUAUCAACUUCAAGUGUAACCGAAAAUAAAGAUUUCAAAAAAAAAAAAAGCUUGAUCUGGA